AUGACAGAAGGACACACCAAGGAGAAAUUGCUAGAGCUGCGACGCUUCCUGCUGCUGACCGUCUACAAGAACACACUUAAUCAGUUGGUCCUGCAGCAGCGUUCGCAGCGUCUAAAUGCCCGUAAGCCGCUCUCCCUGCCCGCCUCUCUUCGGCGACGACGCAGCUCGUCGCUGGGGGACCAGGAGAAACCGGAGCAUGUCCUUAUUACUGGAAAGGUCCUUCCACGACUGGAAUCCCUGCUGGGCGAGACGGAGAACGAUGCCGAUCAGCUGGACGAGGAUGUGCUGGACGCCUUGAAAUUCGAGCGUGAUAUGGAUGCCCUGCGAGCAAUCUACGAGGUGGCCAUGGAUGAUGAGGAAUUGAAAGAGAGGACAAUUAUUUCCGAGGACGAAAAGGAUGAGGCGUCGGCAUCUGAAAUGGAAGAAACUGCCCCUAAGGAUGUGGGUAUUCAGAAGAUUGAAAUACAACAGAAAACUGUAAAGCCAGAGUUGGAAAUUGUAAAAGGUAAAGAUGAUACAGAUACAGCAAAGUGUCAAAUUUUGGAUUUUAAUGUCCUAGAGAAGCAAGCCAUUAGAGUGGAAAAAAGUACAUCCUUUGAAGGUGAAAGUAUUGAUGUGCCACAACCAGAAACCGAAUCGAAGGAGACGCCUCCAGAGGAGGAGGAUAUAAGCCUGAGAAACCUUAAGCAGGCCAUAGAAGCCUUUGGUGGCAACAAGAGCGAAGUGUCUCAAGCGGCUCAACAGCUGCAAGAGUCCAAGGACGAGCUGAAAAAACUCAAGGAUGAUCUAGAGACUGAGAAGCGGGUGACCAAGGAAAAGUUGCUGAAUCUGGAGGAUCGCAUUGCCGAGACCAAAUACAAACUCCGCUGUGUCUCACGAGUCAACGAUCUGGAGUACAGUCUGGUGCAACGGUGGGAGGAGGGACGACUGGCCCAAGGAACUAUUUGGGGUGAGAACGCCGAAAGGGCUUAUUUGCGGGAUAUUCUGGACAUCAAACAGAAACUGGCUCGCGAGGAGCGUGUGAGCAAGGAGUUGAGAUCCUUUCGUCAGCGUGAAAUUGUGGAUCUGCACCGCAGGAUCGAGGAGUGGCAGGAAAAGUAUAUCAGCGAGAUGCGGCGGGUGGAUCGUGAGGCCGAGGCCUGGGAGCUGCGCAUCCUUGAACAGAAAAAGCAGCUCGAAAGGCAUCGGGAGAUCUACGAGGAACGGAUGAUCUUUGUGCAGGAGUAUCGCGCCCAGAAGGCCGAGGAGCAGCGUCUGCACGAUCUCCAGGUGCAUCGCAUCGAGUGUGCCGUCAGGUUGCAGGCCUGGUGGCGCGGCACCAUGGUGCGACGAGGUCUGGGUCCCUUCAAGAAGAAACCGAAGCGCGGCAAGCGAGGCAAGCCCAAGAAAUAG